AUGGAUAAAGAAAGUUGGUCAAAAAUCUCUGAUUUAAAUACUCAAAAAAUUGAACAAAAGGAAAAGUAUGAGAAUCAAAUAGUAGAAUUGGAACUAAAAAAUGAAGAGUUAGAAACAAAGGUAGAAAAGUUAGAUGAUAAGCAUCAAAUGUUUGAAACAGUAUUGAAACACGAUGCUACAAUGGAAAAACUUUUGAAUUGA